AUGAACACAGGGAGCUCCAACCUCCCCAGCCCUCCAGCCUUCCUUAUGACUCCUACCACUUCUGGGACUUAUACCCAGGCUGAUGAUCCUGUACCAGUUCUCAUCGCCCUGGCCUGCAUUUUUCUGCUGUUGGCCUCUUGCUUACUAUUCAUGAUGCUGUGUAAGCCAACUGCACUGGACCCUGGUCGUCAAGGGGCCCGGGAAUGCAUGCCACAUCAUCCAGUGAGUCCCAGUGAGCCCAGGCUCCGGCUCUGGAAGCGCCUGGGUUCACUACGUCGUUCUCUGCACAGCUUCCGGCGAGGCAGGCCUGCUGUCCAGCAGAGUCCUCUGCCGGGCCUUGAUGACCACCAAGGUGACUGUGACUUCACUGAAGCCACCAAGAUGUGAUACAGUGCCCAUUCAUACACAAGAUAGCCCAAAGUCAGCCUGCCUCCUAUGCAGCCUGGCAUUGCUGGCUGUAGGACAGUGAUAUCCUGGACGGCCCCUCCCUAGUAUUUCUCUGUGUAUCCAGCCCAUGUCCUUUCCCAGAAGACUCUGAGGGCCCCUGCUUCUGCUUGUUAACAGAUCCUUGGAUCAAAAUACCCAUAGGCCUCUAACCUUUACCUUGUAGCCCUGAGUUGUAACUUGGGGUACCACAGCACC